AUGCGACAGGCUGGGAUCUCACUGGGGGCCCUUGCGGCGAUUUCCAUUCCGUGGUUUCGUCAAUGGUCUUAUGAGCUUUUUCUCAGAGGACAUCAGCUCCUCGCCGUGCUCUUUGUCUACGGCACCUGGAAGCACCUUCAAGGCCGUAGCCGCCUCUCGAAUAUUUAUUUCUUCGUCGGAUUGGGCGUGUUCGGACUUAACUUUCUCUUCCAGCUGGGGCUACUGUUAUAUCGAAACGGGCUAUUUGCGGGUCGCGGAUUUCCAAGGGCUGAGAUGUCGUUCAGCACAACGAAAUCCAAAGAGGAUAUUGUUGUGACAGCUGCCCAUGUUCGCGUUUCCUUGCCUCGACCUGUGCAACUCGAAUCUGGGCAGUAUAUCAACCUGUGGGUGCCGUCAGUUAGUCUAUGGUCGUGGGCACAAACACACCCUUUCACUGUCACAUCGUGGUCGAAAGGUCCACGGAAUACCAUAGAGCUUCUUGUGCAACCAUGCCGUGGGCUCUCUGCGGAUCUUGCUCGUUUCGCCACCGUGGCUGGAGAAACCCCGGUUUCUUUCUGUGCCCUGUUCACUGGCCCUCAUGGAAGGAGUGAAGAUGUUAGACACUAUGAAAGUAUUUUGGUGAUUGCAAGUGGAUUUGGGAUCGCAGCAGCAAUUCCAUACAUGAAGUUGAUGAUCUAUGGUUAUUACACCCGGACCAUAAAGGCUCGCCAGUUGCAUCUGGUAUGGCAGGUAGGGUCGAGGGCCGAAAUUACCGCCGCUGAGCAUUUGUUAAACAACCUUCUCGAGGAUGAUCACAAGGAUCAUGGCUAUGUUCGUAUUACCAUGUUGCGGGACAGCCUCUGGACAGCUGACAAUGACCGUGGCUUUAGAUCUUGA